GGGAAGGUUGAGAAAACAGCUUUUAAUAACUGAAAUGAAACAAUCCAACCAUUUUUAAAUUAAAAUUAUAAUUAAAUAUAACACCAAGUUCGGGAACGAGGGAGCUUAGAGAGCAUCAGCUGAUCGUUUGGCAAUUGCCUCUCAAAUCGCAAAAUCACACUGCAAUUCCAAACCAUGAACCCCAAAAUUCCCUUCCUCUGCUUCUUCCUUUUGCUUCUCGUAUCUUCUUCUUCCCAAAAUCCUAACCCUGAAACCUCGAUUUCCUCUCAGUCACCGUCCCCGGCUCACGCCGAGCUUGCAAGCUAUGGCUUCCCUGUUGGCCUUUUACCCGCCGCCACAGUAUUGCGCUACUCCGUCGACCAGACCUCUGGCGACUUUUCCGUUGAACUCGGUGAUAUGUGCAAGAUUACGCUUCCUCCCGAUAACUACGUCGCCACCUACUCCAAGAGGAUCACUGGCAAAAUUGUCAAGGGCAAGAUAGCACAACUGGAUGGUAUAAGGGUGCGGGCUCUCUUUAAGUGGUGGUCUAUCACUGGGAUUCGCUCUACUGGCGAUGACAUAGUGUUUGAAGUUGGCAUGGUCACGGCGAAAUAUGCGGCAAAGAAUUUCGGCGAGAGCCCUGCUUGUGAGGGCCAGCGCUCUGCUUCCUGAAAGGGUACUUUUGUGCUUUCUCCAUGGGUUCAGGCGUUAAGCAAAGUGACCGUGUCCAGGACCCACCAUGUAAGUGAAAAUCAACCUAAAGCAUUGUCGUCUAUGGUCGACAAAAAUAAACAUUACGAAGCUUAGUGCAUUAAUGCACCUGUAUUUAUACGUCAGGAUUCCACUCUGUUGUCACUCUGUUUGCGGUGCUUGGAAUAUUGUAUGCUUGAUCUCCUGACAUCUGCUAUGGAGCAUGAACGAUGCCUAUAUCUGUAUCGAAUGACGUACCUAUUUGUAGGGCUGUUUCUUUCUUUCGUGUAUUAUUAUUGAAGUAUUUGAAUGCUUGCAUUAAUUAUGAAAAAUUUGAAAAUAAA